CUCGGGUCCGUGUAACGAAGGCCAGUUUGAUGCGGAUUCGAAUCCCAUCUCUGCAGGCUUGCUGUUCGGUAUUAAAUUAACUCAUUCAACAAACACUUCCUGAGUACGGAGCACUUACUAUGAACCAAGCGCUGUAUCACAUCCACGCUCCCUGGUUAGCACCGUCAGACCCAAAGGUGGCAAUCUGUAGCAGCAGCAGCAACGGCGACAGAUCUUCCGGACUGUGAACCGAGGGGUCACAUUUUCCUGUUCGCUGGCUCCCGGCCCGCCGGGGACCUCCCGAAGGCGGCCGGACAGCUGGGCCUGCAGCUCAAGGACCCGCCGCCGGGCCAGGCCGUGGCCUUGCUCACGCAGUACGCAGCCAGACUGGGCGUCUCCCUGGUCUUCCGAGAGGACCAGACGGCAGGAUCUUCUUCGAUGCCAUUGCGCCUCGCUCCCGCUAGGGGGCAUUCCGGAUGUCCUCCGACAGGGAGUGAAUCUCUGCGCUAAGGCUCCCUCAACACGAGCCCAGACCUCAGCUAGUCGCAGGCAGCCCGGUCCUUGGAAACGGAUUCCUCCCUUAAGGAAGACGUUUUAGCCAAGAAGGAGAAAGCGUGCUGCCGACCGAGGAGCAGAAUCAGCGAGCAAAUAAAACCGUUUGAUGCUGUGCGUGAACGCGGGGGCUUUGAACACAAGCCCUUGGCCACGGUCCCCAGAACGAAACCCGUUCCUCGUGCAGGACUGCCGUGGAUCCACACUGCACGUUUGGAGUGCUUUCAAACGUGUUGUAUUUUGUGACCCCUGCCUCCCGUUCUCCGUGUGCGCAGAGGUGGAUGGCCUGCUCUGCCCCUCGGUCAAGGCCAGCAGCAAGCCGGAGGCCAGACAGCAGGCGGCGCUCUCCGCUCUCCGCUACAUCCGGAGUCAGCUGGGGAGCCCAGAGUCCCCAGAGACCCCCAGCAGGCUUCCACUCGAUCCUCUGAGUGUAGAGAACAUCCUGACCCACGAGCAGCGCUGCGCGGCCAUAGUCAGCGCCGGCUUUGACCGUCUGGUGGACAAGACCUCCCCAUACUGGGCCUGUAAGGGCACUGUGGCUGCGGUCAUCCUGGAGAGAGAGGUCCCCGGCGCCAGGGGCCACGCCAAGGAGGUCUACCAGCUGGUGGCGCUGGGUACAGGCAGCAGCAGCUGUGCCCGCCGGCUGCAGUUCUCGGGCCGGCAGCUCCACGACUGCCACGGGCUGGUGGUGGCCCGCCGGGCCCUGCGCAGGUUCUUGUUCCGGCAGCUCCUGUUGGCGACACAGGGUGGCCCCAAGGGCAAGGAACGGUCGGUACUGGCCCCCCAGCCUGGGCCCGGGCCCCCCUUUGCCCUCAAGCCCCGGAUCUUCCUGCACCUGUACAUCAGCAACACCCCCAAGGGAGCUGCUCAUGACAUCUACCUCCCACCGUCCGCUGAGGGCAGCCUCCUGCACAGCCCGUCCUCCCGCAUGCAGGCCCACAUCUGCGGGGAGCUGAGGCCCGUGUGCUACGUAGCGCCCGCCCUGCGCAACACCCACGUGGGCUGCCUCUCCACCAGCGACAAGCUGGCACGCUGGGUCGUGCUAGGGCUGGGUGGCGCCCUGCUCGCCCACUUCCUGCCUCCCCUCUAUGCCACCAGCCUUGUCCUGGCCGACCCCUGCCACGACCCCACAACUCUGAGCAGGGCCAUCCACACCCGGCCCAACCUAGACGGGGUCUUGGGGCCCUAUGCCCGGACCACGCUGCACCUGUUUGCAGGGCCCCCUGUGGCCCCCUCGGAUCCUACCUCCAGUGCCUGCCAUGGCCUGAGCCUCAACUGGAGCCUGGGGGACACCGACCUUGAGGUUGUGGAUGUGGCCACCGGGCGUGUGAAGGCCGAGGCCUCCCUCGGGCCUCCCUCCCGCCUCUGCAAGGCAGCCUUUCUCCGGGCCUUCCGCCAGGCUGCCAGAGCUCUCGGCAAGUCCUGCCUCCUGGCCUUGAAGACCUACGAGGCAGCCAAGGCUGGACCCUACCAGGACGCUCGCAGGCAGCUGUCUCUCCUCCUGGACCAGCAGGGCCUGGGGGCUUGGCCCUCAAAACCACUCGUGGACAAAUUCAGAGACUGAAACCGACCUCCUGAAGUGGACGAGGUCCCUGAGCCAAGCUGGACCCUGCUGUCUCUGGGGAAGG